AUGUCAGACACGAUGAGCUUCUCCAGUGAUGAAGUCAACUUCUUGGUCUAUCGGUACCUGCAAGAAUCAGGUUUCCAACAUUCUGCGUACACAUUUGGUAUCGAAUCUCACAUAUCACAGAGCAAUAUCAAUGGCGCCCUCGUGCCACCAGCGGCACUCCUGUCCAUUAUUCAGAAGGGACUGCAAUAUACAGAGGCAGAGAUAAUGAUAGGUGAGGAUGGCACUGAACACAGGAUGGUGGAAUCCUUGUCGCUCAUCGAUGCAGUUAUGCCAGACAUUGUUGCGACAAGGCAGAAUCAGAUCAAUCAGCAGAAACAGCAGGUGAAGACUGAUGGUCAAGAUACCAAUGGCGAAGAAGUUGUUACAUCCAACGAAGGUGUAAAUAAUAAUGACCGAAGUGGGGACCGAGGAACGGAGAUAGAGGUGGACGAACCGACAACAGGUGCAAAUGCAGGCUCCAAUGCCAGUACAGUCGAGAUCCCUGCCAGUAAAGCCACGAAGUUACGCGGCCACGAGUCGGAGGUAUUUAUCUGUGCCUGGAAUCCAACAACCGAUUUAUUGGCGUCUGGUUCGGGCGACAGUACCGCUCGCAUUUGGGACAUGUCAGAUAACUCGCAAGCGCCCAAUCAAUUGGUCUUACGCCACUGUAUUCAGAAAGGCGGCACGGAAGUACCCAGCAAUAAAGAUGUUACAUCGUUGGAUUGGAAGUGUGACGGUACACUAUUAGCGACGGGAAGUUAUGAUGGAUACGCACGAAUUUGGACAACAGACGGACGAUUGGCGUCCACGUUAGGUCAACACAAAGGUCCGAUCUUCGCGUUAAAAUGGAACAAACGCGGCAAUUACAUUCUGAGCGCUGGCGUUGACAAAACAACCAUCAUUUGGGACGCUGAAAGUGGACAGUGUACCCAACAGUUUAGUUUCCAUUGUGCACCUGCUUUGGAUGUCGACUGGCAGACAAACACCUCGUUCGCUAGUUGUUCGACGGAUCAAUGUAUACAUGUGUGCAAACUCAACGUAGAUAAGCCAAUCAAGAGCUUCCAGGGACAUACAAACGAAGUUAACGCAAUUAAAUGGGAUCCACAAGGAAAUCUAUUAGCUAGUUGUUCAGACGAUAUGAGUUUGAAAAUUUGGUCAAUGAAGCAGGAUACAUGGGUGCAUGAUCUGCAAGCACAUAGCAAAGAAAUCUAUACGAUCAAAUGGUCACCGACUGGCCCUGGAACACACAAUCCCAAUAUGAAUUUAACAUUGGCCAGUGCAUCUUUUGAUUCCACUGUUAGACUAUGGGACGUGGAAAGAGGUGUAUGCAUACACACGCUCACUAAACACACUGAGCCAGUAUAUAGUGUAGCCUUCAGUCCAGAUGGAAAGUUUCUUGCUAGUGGUAGUUUUGAUAAAUGCGUUCAUAUAUGGUCUACGCAAAGCGGCCAGUUGGUGCACAGCUACAAAGGUACAGGCGGUAUCUUCGAAGUGUGCUGGAAUAGUCGCGGUGACAAAGUCGGAGCGUCAGCAUCUGAUGGCAGUGUAUUCGUCCUCGACCUUCGUAAACUAUAAUUAUAAUUAUAUCCUAAAGUGUAUACUUUGUGCUAAGUCUGAUUUGACAGUUUUGUUACAGUUUUGCAUUAAAGAGAUUAUACUAUGGAUCCGAAAAAAGGCCUUUUUAAAGUUUUUUUUUUAAUAAAAAAGUAUUGAAACAAUAUAGAAAUCAAUAAUAUUUUUACAAAAAUUGCAUCUUUUUUAAUUGUUCGAUACUUUUUUCUAAAAGAAUUCCUGUGAUAGCCUUUUUUCGGACAAAAUAGAUGCCCCUUUAAUCUAGGUAUAUUAGAUGUUUAACUUUUUAUCGUAUCUUUAUUUUCUUAUUAUGCGAAAUAAAUUAAAGCGCAAUUUAAUGAAUUCUUACAUAUAACUACGCAAAAAUAAUAGAAUAUUAUUUGCAAAUGAUUUCUUUAAAAAGCACAUGUUUCGCCCAUUAAAAUUUUAAUCUUUAUUUAAUCUUUAUUUCUUAAUAAGAUUAAAAUUUGUAUAAUAAUUUUUCAUCAUAAAAGUUUUGAUAAUUUAAACUCUGAUCAUUGAAGUAUUCAAACAAAAUUCUAUGAAUAAGUUUCCUUAAAAUAUGCAAUAAUUUUUAAUCACCUUACACGUAUGCAUUUAAGUUUACUUGAGUAUUCCUUCCAAUAUAUUUAUAAAUUAUAUUACUUAUUCAUGAAUUUUAGAUUAUUAAAGUUUUAACAAAUGAUAGGUGAUUGAAUAAAAUUAUUUAAUAAAGCGCGUAUUCACUUUACAAAUAUUUUUUUGUAUACUAUUCCCUUAAUAUUUGUUUACAAAUAAUAUGCUGCAGAGAAAUGUACAUUAAUAAUAUUUUUAGUCACAAAAUUGUACAGCAUAUAAUUCAACUAACUUUAUAUUUACAAAGAAAUGAAUAGCUAUCUUUAUUCAUUGAGAAUGACUGGAGUAUAUUAUUCGUGCUUCAGUUGUAUUUAUAACUACACACAAUUAGAGUUGUAACUGUGAUAGUAUUAAAUAAUAUGUAAACAUCGACAAUGAAUAAAAAAAAAUAAACUUUU